AUGUACAAGACGGAGACUGCGGUCUAUUACAGCUUGCAACUCAGCAACGGCCGCGAAUGCUGGAUGGUCCAACGUCGCUACAGUGAGUUCCUCAGAUGCCACGUGAAGCUCCUGGAGCUUUUCACUCGAGAGCAGCUCCCCAACCUUCCACCCAAGGAGCCCUUCUGGCAGAAGGUCUUCGGAGCUCAAGCGCUGCGGGACGACUGGGUGGAGGAGCGCUACGCUCGACUCUUCGGAUACAUCGUUGGCUUGCUGGACAUGGAAGCUGUUCAACGCACCGACGCGCUUCUGGAGUUCCUCAACGCGCCCGAUGCCCGACGCCACGACGAGCCCGCGGCGGAUGAGCCCGGCGCAGCGGGAGCCGUCGCCGUGAUCCGUAGCGUGCGCGUGCGUUUGACCGAGGAGCCGGGCGGCGUGGAGGUGGUCAUCCGUGCUGAUGCGCCGGCGCGGUGUGCAGUGCGCUUGGCGCUACGGCCCUUGGAUGAGCUGCAGGAAUGGGCGGAGGCAAAUCCCAGCCUGGAGCCUCACGACACCAACACCUGGGAAAGGCUCUUGGAGUUGGACUUGGACCCAUCCAGCUCCGAGCUCUCGCAUCGCUUCGAGCUUCAACCUGGUUCGUUGUGGCAGGUGGCAGCUGUCGGAGUGUCGAAGGACGGCUCCAUGGGCAAUGUGGUGUGCAUCCAGAUCCGGGCGCCGGAGCAGGAGACACUCAUGCAGGCCGCCGUGGCCGGACGCCGUGACGGUGGUUCCGGUAUAUGGGUCAGUCCUGGGGUCAGUCCUGGUAUGUCGGUUUGGGAGGGUUUGGGGGGAGGUUGGAUGAUGGUGUUGUGGGGUGUGGAUGGCGUAUGA